ACCCAGAGCGCGCCCAGGGCACCCGGAGGGUGAGAAGCCCGGUGGAGGGCCUGAGCUGACUCGCUUUUCAAAAACUGCUUCCUCCUUUCCUACCUCCGCCCAUCAAUCACCUCAGUCAACUCACAAGGCACCAGCUCCUGGCGGUGCAGGCGGUCCCCAGUGCCCAGAUCCUGCCCGAAGGUGGAAAGGGAGGCGGCGGCCUCCCCGGGAGGAUGAGGAGGGGUUGGCCAGGGCUCUUGGUGGCCAGGUGGGUCCUUAAUUCAAGAUUUUAGCAUGAAGACUUGUCAGGCCUGCCCAGAGCCUCCCCAGGUAACCACAGACCUCCCAGCCGCAACGGUCCACCUGGGAUGCCUCGCAUCUGCUUGAAACCAGCCCUUGAAACCAGAGUCUGACUGCUGUCUUCUUAGUGUGGCACUAGGGUUUUCCUUCAGGGCAUUUAAGGGUUUUUUGUUGUUGUUGCUGCUGCUGCUGCUGCUGCUGCUGCUUUGUAUUUAUUUAUUUUCUUCCUUUGACCCCGGCUCUUGCCCUGCCCCACCUGGCAAGAUGGCCCAGUCCAAGGCCAAUGGCUCACACUAUGCGCUGACCGCCAUCGGCCUGGGGAUGCUUGUCCUCGGGGUCAUCAUGGCCAUGUGGAACUUGGUCCCCGGGUUCAGUGCUUCUGAAAAGCCGACCGCUCAGGGGAACAAUAAGACAGAAAUCGGGAGCAGCAUCCUCAAGAGCAAGACCUUCUCCGUGGCCUACGUGCUGGUGGGCGCUGGGGUGAUGCUCCUGCUGCUGUCCAUCUGCCUGAGCAUCCGGGACAAGAGGAAGCAGCGGCAAGGCGAGGAGCUGGCGCACAUCCAGCAGCCGGGGGUCGAGCCUCACGCCCAGGAGGAAGACAGCCAGGAAGAGGAGGAGGAGGCCUCUUCAAGGUACUAUGUCCCCAGCUACGAGGAAGUGAUGAACACGAAUUACUCGGAAGCGAGGGAACCGGACCAGAACCCCAGGAUGAGCAUUUCUCUCCCCUCCUAUGAGUCUCUGACGGGGCUGGACGAGACGACCCCCACCACAACUAGGGCCGACAUAGAGACCAGCCCAGGGAACCCCCCCGACAGGCAGAACUCCAAGCUGGCCAAACGCCUGAAGCCGCUGAAAGUUCGAAGGAUAAAAUCCGAAAAGCUGCACCUCAAAGACUUUAGGAUCAACCUGCCAGACAAAAAUGUGCCUCCCCCAUCCAUCGAGCCUUUGACUCCCCCUCCACAGUACGAGGAGGUCCAGGAGAAGGCCCCCGAUGCCCGGCCUCCCGACUGACGGACCCUCCCGGGCGUGUUCCCUCCUGUCACUCAUCCUCUGCACCAACAGACCCCAGAUGAAGCCACUACAGUCACUGUUGAGAAGCGGAGGGGCCGGAUGUGUACUUAGCAGUUUGGCCUGGGGGUGGGGGAGGUGAGAGGUUCUGGGAUUUAGGAGCGACUCUGCUGUCCCCAGACCCUCAUGUAGCAGGUGCAUCGGAAAGAGCUGCUGCCUUGGAUCUCGGGAUGCAGUGACCCCAUCCAGGGACUCGGCACACAAGCAUCUUCCCUGUUCUUGCUCAGCUCUGAAUGGUCCAGGACAGCCCUCCUCAAUCCAGUUAGGAAAGGAUACCCAGCAGCUGGUUUAGUGUGUCUGGUUUUGUUUUGCUUCCACUAGGACAGUUUGGUUCCCAAAAGAUAACAAGUUAAUGCCUUUGCUCUCUCACUGGCGUCCCUAACUGUGGGUAGGAGAUAGGACCAGCUUUGUAGAAAGGACAUGGGCCCGUUUCAUGAGUUAAGCAAAACGAGAGGCUGGAGGAUUACAUGGGGGUGAGGCCUGGGGUGGAGGGAGGGGUUCUCAGAGCCCCUAAUGCCAUCAGUUCUUGUGAGGGCCCAAGGCCUGAGGAUGCACAAGAUCCUCGUUUUAAUCGGUCGACUUUACUCGUCUCAUGUGAAAUGGCAAAAAAGGAAAAGCUGUAUGAGAUGUUCUGUUCCCUCUAAAGCCGUGCAGUUGAGCUUUUUGUAAUAAAAUGUUUUAUAUGUCA